ACGCAACUUGGCGUAGUUUUGCACUUCCUGUUAGCUCGGGGAAGAUAGUGGACGAGCGGUCAAAGAAUUUACUGAUGUAUUUAUGUAAAAUCGUAGCAUAAUUGUUCAGAAACGUGCUAUUCUGGAGCCUUUUAGGACCAUAUUUAGGAGACGACAAUGAUCCGCUUCAUCCUCAUCCAGAACCGAGCAGGGAAAACACGACUGGCCAAAUGGUACAUGCAGUUUGACGAUGAUGAGAAACAGAAGUUGAUUGAGGAAGUGCAUGCUGUGGUAACGGUCAGGGAUGCCAAGCACACCAACUUUGUGGAGUUCAGGAACUUCAAGAUCAUUUACCGGCGUUAUGCUGGUCUGUACUUCUGUAUUUGUGUGGACGUGACCGAUAACAACUUGGCAUACCUCGAGGGAAUCCACAACUUUGUAGAGGUGCUGAAUGAGUAUUUCCACAACGUGUGUGAAUUGGACCUUGUGUUCAACUUCUACAAGGUGUACACGGUGGUGGAUGAGAUGUUCCUGGCGGGAGAGAUCAGGGAGACCAGUCAGACCAAGGUCCUCAAGCAGCUCCUCAUGCUCCAGUCGCUUGAGUAGAAAACAGACAACCAUCCUCCCUGUCCACCAAUCUGCUGCCCUGGUACCUAAACCGACCAUCUCCAUUUAUUCCCGUCACUCUGGAAAUCAUUUUCCUGCUCCUUCGGCGCAGACUUCACUCUUACAAAACUUCAGGAGGGGGGUGCUUUUAGAAAUAGAAAUGCACAAUAUUGUUUACGUAUGGAUAUAUAAUAUGGAAAUGCAGAUAACCUGUUCGUCACAGCAGUCUAUAGGUUGCAAUAUUCUGUAUUUGUUGAACUAAUGAAGUCUCCCAGUAUUAAAAGGCUGUACAUUUCAACAUGUUAACAUUUCAUCUGCCGCCUUAGUUACAAUCAACUUUAUACUCUGUUCACUUUUUCCAAAGCCAGAGGCUGCAAAAAUGAGUCAUUUUAUGUAAGCAGUUGUCUUUGCAUUUAUCUCUGUGCCGUGUGAAACACUGAUUUCUCUCCUGCCCUCCUACUCUCUCUUCAUUAACGUCAACAUUCAUUUAAAGACACUACUGUAACUAACAAGCACCACGUAUAAAGAGCAACUGCCUGUAAGAGCCUUGCAGCCAUUUAUAUAAAUCCAUGUAAAGAAAGACUUUGUUAGUUAAGUGGUAUUAGAUGCAUCUCUAUCUGGAUCACAGUACAAGCAAACUACAACUAGAAAGCCCUUUAAAGCAAUUGACCCGCCACGGCAAGUUCAUAAUUGAAUGGAGUGUACUUAGGAUGAGUGUCACUUUGAAGGUGUGUUAUGGCAACCUGUGCUGUCCUCAUGGCCGAUGAUGAACACUGUAGGCUAUGUUAGCUCAGAUGGCUGCACCGAGGAUGUGGUAAUUGUUUUCAUUGCAUUCAAAAUUAUCAAGAUGGUUUGAUGCUACUCAUAACAUUAAAUGGUGCUUGUUGGUCACUUUAAACACUCAGAAGAGCUGGACGUAGAGUAUAUUUUACAUUAAAGCAGUACUGUGAAGUUUGCUUCUGGUGUGUACAUACAGUGUAUCGUGCGUAUGUUGAAUAUUGUGAAAUUAACAAAUGCAUUCCAGAAAGAGUGGUUCUUGCUCACUAUAACAUUUGAUGAGUAUUUACUUGUGUAAGAUCCAUAAAUUCCUUUGCCAUUGCGUAAAAUAAAUUGGCUUUUAAAAUCCUCCAAGCCUCAUGAACUUUGACAGCUCGACUUUAAUGUUAUGAAAUGACUUGUCAUACCAUAUAGUCAAAGGUGGUUUCAAAUGUUACUGUUGUUGAACUUUUGUAUUUUUUCUUUUAAUGAUUAGGCAAUUGUGAAAUAUAUAUACUGCUUCCCUUGUCCACCUGUGUGUUUGUUGAUGGAAGAUGUGUGUGUGUGUGUAUCUAUUACUGUCUCCAGUUCAACUACCCACAUCAAUACAUCCCAUUAUAUGUAAAUAAAAUACAUGAAUAUCAACUA